AACUAUUAUUGAUUACAAGAGUUGGGGUGGCGUACUACUGAGUUCAAGACACCAAACUCAACACACUGAUACAGAGAUAGAGAGAGAGAGACAGAGAGAGAGAGAGAGAGAGAGAGAGAGAGAGAGAGAGACCCAAUGCAAAUGCAAAUGCAAAUGCAAGAAACCAUAACAAGAAGAAGAGUGAUGUUUUGGAUUUGAGUUAUUGACAAUGCCGAUGCCGAGGCAAUUCUUGAACGCCACCCCAUUUCUCUUCCGUCGCUAUUUCCGUUGCUAUUUCUUAUUCCUCCAUUUUCUCUCACUUACUUCCACCACUACCUCUGCAAACAACGAAGCUCUUGUUUUAUUUUCAUGGCUCCACUCUUCUUCUUCUUCUUCACCGCCACCUUCUUCCUUAUCCAAUAAUUGGAACCCACAACACACAAACCCCUGUAAUUGGUCCCACAUCACCUGCUCUUCCGAUGGUUUCGUCACUGAUAUCAAUAUCCAGUUCAUUCAGCUCGCUCUUCCCUUCCCCUCCAAUCUCUCCUCCCUCAAAUUCCUCCAAACCCUCACCAUCUCCGCCGCUAAUCUCACCGGAAUCAUCCCACCCGACAUCGGCGACUGUGUCUCCCUCACAAAACUCGACGUCAGUUCCAACUCCCUCGUCGGCACUAUUCCGGCGACCAUCGGGAACCUCAAAAACCUCGAGGAGCUCAUUCUUAACUCCAACCAGCUCACCGGAAAAAUCCCACCGGAGAUCGGCGGCUGCGUCCGCCUCAUAAACCUAGCGUUAUUCGACAACAAGCUGACCGGGACCAUCCCCGCCGAAAUCGGAGCACUGUCGUCUCUCGAAACCCUCCGCGCCGGAGGCAACCAAGACCUCGCCGGAAAAAUCCCCGACGAAAUCGGCGGCUGCACGAACCUGCAAGUGUUGGGCCUCGCCGACACAAAAAUCUCCGGCGGGCUACCCUCUUCACUGGGGAAGCUGAAAAACCUCCAGGUUCUGUCUCUCUACACGACGAUGCUCUCCGGCGAAAUCCCGCCGGAGAUAGGAAACUGCUCGGAGCUCGUCGACCUGUACCUGUACGAGAACAGCCUCUCCGGCUCCCUCCCACGUGAGCUCGGAAACCUCCAGAAGCUCGAGAAGCUUCUCCUAUGGCAGAACAAUCUCGUGGGCCCCAUCCCCGAAGAAAUCGGAACCUGCAAAAGUCUGGUAAUCCUCGAUCUUUCAUUAAACUUCUUGUCUGGAACCAUACCUGGAUCUUUAGGCAACCUCAAAAACCUCGAAGAACUCAUGCUCAGCAGCAACAACAUCUCCGGUUCAAUCCCUGCGGUUCUCUCCAAUGCCACCAGUUUGGUACAGUUCCAAAUCGACAGCAAUCAGAUUUCCGGUUCAAUCCCACAAGAACUCGGGUUCUUGGACCACCUCCAAGUAUUCUUCGCCUGGGACAACAAGCUCCAAGGGAAUAUUCCGGCAGCAUUAUCCGGCUGCAAAAGUCUCCAAGCUUUGGAUUUGUCUCGAAAUUCUCUCACCGGUAGUUUGCCUUCCACCAUUUUCCAGCUGAGGAAUCUGACCAAACUCCUCUUGAUUUUUAACGAUGUUUCGGGUUCGAUUCCGCCGGAGAUCGGCAACUGUACGUCGCUGAUUCGAUUGAGGCUCGUCGGUAAUAAAAUCAGUGGACAAAUACCUCAAGAAAUCGGGUUUCUUACGAAACUCAGUUUUCUUGAUCUUUCGAAUAACCAUCUAAGCGGAGUAGUUCCGAAUGAAAUCGGAAACUGUCGAGAACUGCAGAUGCUUAAUCUAGCUGGGAAUUCACUCGUUGGAAAUCUGCCGAUUUCUCUAUCGUCUCUCGCUAAAUUAGAGGUGUUUGAUCUUUCCAUGAAUCAGAUUAACGGUCAAAUUCCAGUCGAUUUCGGUCAACUCUUUUCGCUCAACAGGCUUUUACUAAGUAGCAAUUCUUUGUCGGGGCAAAUACCUUCGGCGCUCGGGCGUUGCUCGAGGCUUCAACUGCUCGAUCUAAGCCGGAACCAAUUAUCCGGAAGCAUUCCCGUUGAGAUCUUCGAAAUCGAGGCUCUCGAAAUUGCUCUGAAUCUGAGCUGGAAUUUGCUGACGGGGCGAAUCCCACCUCAGAUCGUUGCCCUAAACAAGCUCUCGGUUUUGGACCUCUCGCACAACAACCUCGGAGGAGAUUUGAUGUCCCUUUCGAGCCUCGUGAAUUUAGUCUCGUUGAAUAUUUCCUACAACAACUUCACGGGUUAUCUCCCGGACAAUAAGCUCUUCCGCCAGCUGUCGCCCACGGAACUUUCCGGGAAUGUGGGGUUGUGCUCUAGCGGUCCCGACUCGUGUUUCUUGAAAAGUUCGCAAGGUAUUGGAUUGCCUCGCGAGAGGCGAUCCUGGAGGCUAAAAUUGGCAAUUGCGUCGCUAAUUUUGGUGACGGUAGCGCUGGCGGUUCUCGGCGUUUUAGCGGUUUUAAGGGUCCGUAAAAUGAACAAAGAAGAUAAAGAUUCCGAAUCGGGAGAGUUGGGCGGCGAAUCUUCGUCUUGGAAAUUCACUCCCUUCCAAAAAUUGAGCUUCUCUAUCGACCAAAUUACGAGGUGCCUCGUCGAAGCCAACGCAAUAGGCAAAGGGUGCUCGGGUAUCGUCUACCGGGCCCACCUCGAAAACGGUGACAUCAUCGCGGUUAAGAAGCUAUGGCCCACAACGGUCCUAAACGAUCCGUCAAGUGGGGUCCGCGACUCGUUCUCCACCGAAGUCAGGACACUCGGAUCGAUCCGGCACAAGAAUAUCGUGAAAUUCCUAGGUUGUUGUUGGAACAAGAGCACUCGAUUGCUCAUGUACGAUUACAUGCCCAACGGGAGCUUAGGGAGUGUCCUUCACGAGAAGAACGGGGUCUCGUUGGAGUGGGAUGUUCGGUACCGGAUUAUAUUAGGGGCGGCUCAAGGGUUGGCCUAUUUGCACCAUGAUUGUGUGCCACCCAUUGUUCAUAGGGAUAUUAAGGCUAAUAACAUCUUAAUCGGGCUCGAUUUCGAGCCUUAUAUCGCCGAUUUCGGGAUCGCUAAGCUUGUCGAUAAUGGAGAUUUCGCUCGCUCGUCGAAUACCGUCGCCGGUUCCUAUGGCUACAUUGCUCCCGAGUAUGGAUUUAGGAUGAAAAUAACGGAGAAGAGCGAUGUGUACAGCUACGGAGUGGUCGUGCUCGAAGUCUUGACGGGCAAACAGCCAAUCGACCCGACGAUACCGGAUGGGGCCCACAUUGUGGAUUGGGUGAGGCAGAAACGGGGCGGGUCGGAAGUUUUGGAUCGCGGGCUGGGCCAUAGACCCGACCCGGAAAUUCAAGAAAUGAUGCAAACUUUAGGAGUUGCUAUGCUCUGCGUGAACCCUUCACCCGAAGAUAGGCCGACGAUGAAGGAUGUGGCUGCGAUGCUAAAGGAGAUAAGGCUCGAAAGAGAGGAGAAUUCGAAAGGUGAUGUCAUCGUGAAAGGCUCGCAAUUAGUCGAUGAUGGUAUGAAUGCAGAGGGAAAUAAUAAGAGUUCGAACGGAGGGGCUUCGUCGCAAAUGAAGAGUUUGUAUUUGGAGAGCAAUAAUUCGAGCUUUUCUGCGUCUUCGUUGCUGCACUCAAGUUCCUCUAUUGCUAAAUUUGGUAUCAAUAAGCAAUAGAAUUU